GCACCACUUUGAACCAUGUUGACGGUUGACCCUUAACCCGCAUUCGAAAUCUGUGUUUGCCAGGUGGUACUGGUGAGAUAAAACGUUGUGUGAUUUCGAGUUGCAAAUUAUUCAAUAUGAGGGAAAUUGUUCAUAUUCAGGCCGGGCAAUGCGGCAACCAAAUUGGAGCUAAGUUCUGGGAGAUCAUAUCGGAUGAACAUGGCAUUGACCCAACGGGUUCAUACCAUGGGGAUUCAGAUUUACAACUGGAACGAGCUGAUGUAUACUACAACCUUGCAUCUGGUGGGAAAUAUGUCCCACGUGCGAUUUUGGUUGACUUGGAGCCAGGGACAAUGGAUUCUGUACGUUCAGGACCUUUUGGCCAGCUUUUUCGACCAGACAACUUUGUUUUCGGACAAAGUGGAGCUGGAAAUAACUGGGCGAAAGGCCAUUACACAGAAGGUGCCGAACUUGUAGAUUCAGUACUUGACGUCGUACGGAAAGAAGCCGAAAGCUGUGACUGUCUGCAAGGCUUUCAGCUUACACAUUCGUUGGGUGGUGGCACCGGUUCAGGCAUGGGCACACUGCUUAUUUCAAAAAUUCGUGAAGAAUACCCCGAUAGAAUUAUGAAUACCUACUCAGUUGUGCCUUCACCGAAGGUUUCUGAUACAGUUGUGGAACCAUACAAUGCCACGUUGUCAGUACAUCAGUUAGUGGAAAAUACUGAUGAAACAUACUGUAUUGACAAUGAAGCCCUGUAUGACAUCUGCUUUCGAACACUGAAGCUGGCAGAACCAACUUACGGUGAUCUGAAUCACCUUGUCUCCUUAACGAUGUCUGGUGUUACGACGUGUCUCAGGUUUCCAGGACAGUUGAAUGCGGACUUGCGCAAAUUAGCAGUUAAUAUGGUUCCUUUCCCACGCCUGCAUUUUUUCAUGCCUGGGUUUGCCCCACUGACUGCUCGUGGCAGUCAGCAGUAUAGAGCCCUCACUGUUCCAGAGCUUACGCAACAGAUGUUCGAUGCUAAGAACAUGAUGGCAGCUUGUGAUCCUCGCCAUGGUCGAUACUUGACUGUUGCUGCUAUCUUCAGAGGUAGAAUGUCCAUGAAGGAAGUGGAUGAGCAGAUGCUCAACAUUCAAAAUAAGAACACCAGUUACUUUGUUGAAUGGAUCCCAAAUAAUGUUAAAACUGCAGUGUGUGACAUUCCACCCCGUGGGCUGAAAAUGGCUGCUACAUUCAUUGGAAAUUCUACUGCUAUUCAGGAGCUCUUCAAGCGCAUAUCUGAGCAGUUUACUGCUAUGUUCCGCCGUAAAGCUUUCCUUCAUUGGUACACUGGAGAGGGGAUGGAUGAAAUGGAGUUUACUGAAGCAGAGUCGAAUAUGAAUGACUUGGUGUCAGAGUACCAACAAUAUCAGGAGGCUACUGCAGAUGAAGAUGUUGAAUUUGAUGAUGAACAAGAGGAAGAAAUGGAAGAUGAAAAGUAGUGGGACAUUGUUCUAUUUUUGGCUGUACAUAAUGUAAUUAAAGCAGCUGGUGAAUUUGACAUUCCAGCUUUUUGUAAAGAUCUCUACAGAACCUUUUUAUAAUCUGUAGUUAUUUUGACUUUUGUAUCAAUUUAUAUACUCAUCUUGUAAUACAAAUAAAUAUUUCUGUAAGAAGCUA